AAAGUGAGUUAACCGACUGCUUGCCUAAGGAGCCACCAUAGGAACGCUGACCCUCCCUGCCUGGAGCUAAUCUGCAGCCUUGCUGAUCGAAGUGAACUCCCUGAUACUGAGUAUUUGGUGCCCUUUAGGCCUCUGAGGGUCCAGCCGGAGUUUAUGCCAGCGUGCUGAAGUGAAAAACGAUGAGGAAGCAGGAGGAAUGAACUUGUUACUCAGCUGUGCACCCACAAACCAGAGGAGCGGUUCCAGUAAAACGCUGCAUGCCCUUGACCUGUCGUUAGUACAUCUGCUUUGCUCCUGCUGAAGACAUCAAUGGCUGAAGUCCUGUGUACAGGUAUGUUGCAGUGGAUCUGAAGGUGAUACAAGAAAGCAUUCUACCGUGCUACAGGCUCCUGGAAAGGGAAGCCUCCCGGCAAGGCAACCCUGAAGAUGUGGACUGCCAUUGUAUUCUUCCUGCUGAUUUCCUUCUGUAUAUGUGAAAACAGAUUUCCUGUCCUGAAAGGAAGAGGAGUCCAUGUAGUGCAAAUAAACAGGCUGACAACUGAAAAGCAAUGCAGGCAGGCUUGUAAAGGCUCAGCUGCUUCAGGUAACCAUCACUGCAAUUGGUCUGUGCCCUAUCAGAAUCGCUGCAUCCUCUUGCAGUGUCACCAGCUAAGUGUGUGCCAAAAUGCUGGAGAGCAAGAAAUCAAAGAUCUGCUUGGAGAAAUCAUCUUUGGGGAAAGGGAAACAGUCCAGUUUCACCACCAAAGCUAUCCACAGAAAACGAAGAGGAUGGUGAACACACAAAUUGAACAAUACAACAGAGAGAACCUAUUUUCCUCCACCACUCAGGCUCACAAGAUUUACUUGAGGCAGUUGGCUGUGAAUUCAGGUUAUCCUGAAGCACCAAACACAGGAAAAACUGCAAGCAGUGUUAGCACCACCACCACAACUGUCAGUGCUACCACAGUUGUAACGAUGGCUGGUACAAGUGCAACUGUCCCCAGUGCAGCUAAUGAAAAAACUGCCAAAGCCUCGAAUGCUUCAGGAGUGCUCCUUCCUACUGCCAUGUCAUCCACUGUCCCUUCUCCCACUCCUACCAAUGACACUGCUUCCACUUCCAGGAGUAUCACCAAGCUCCUGACCACCGCUGAAAAAUUAGGAAAUGAUAGCUUUGGCUCAGUAUCAUCCCCCUCUUCUGCUCCCAUCACUGCCACUACUGGAGCAGGUAUUCAAAUGAAUCACACUGAGCAGUUUAGCACAGCCACCAACACGACCAGCGCUCCCCACUCCAGUAGCCUCAUUACUGCUGGAGCUGGCCCGAAGACAAUGAGCACAACAUCGAGCACAACAUCAACCACGCUCACCCGACAGGAUGCAGUGACAUCUUCCACUGCUUUUAUUCGUGUUGCUACGUUCAGCUCCUCAGUGAGUCCACGUUCUGUGAAUUCAGCACUCCCCAUGUUGCCAGAAACAAGUAGAGCUCCAACAUCCUCAAGUGAAUCAACCUCUUCUCAGGGUUCUACGAGAGGUGCCAUGGGUUUAACUAGUGGUCCUACAGCACAAGCUACAACUGGGCAUGGAAUAAAGUCAGUAUCUCUCACUCCUUCAAUUAAACAUACAACCACCACUCCAGCAAAUGCACCUGGAACAACAACUUUGAACAUUGCAAAGACUCGGGACACAAACAAUGAGUAUCUUCUCAUUGCUGCUGAGCCUCUGACUCAGUACUUAGUGGAUAAAAGUUCGCUUCUUGCAGUGCUUUUAUUUGGUACGUUUUUUUUCAUAACUGUCAUAGUCCUUUUCCUUAUGCAGGCUUAUGAAAGUUACAAAAAGAAGGAUUAUACGCAAGUGGAUUACCUGAUCAAUGGAAUGUAUGUGGACUCAGAGAUGUGAAAGGGUAGGGAUAAAGCAAUGGGCAGAAGAGAUGGAAGGGAGAUUAAAGGCCUACCUGGCUUGUUUUUCUUUCCCAUUUGCCUAUAACAGAAACUGAAAGUGCUUCCAAAUUUAAUUCUGGUGCAAUUUAGGAGAAAUGCCAUAUACUGUAUUAAGAAAAAAAUAUAUUUUUAUUCAACUGCAACAGGUUGCUGUAAAAAAUAGUCAUUUUUAAAACCUUUCCAUAACGUGUUAUAGCUUUGAUCAUUAUUUUUCAUUGUAAAUUACCUAUCAAGGGGUAAGCCAUCAUCAUCUGAAAAUGAUGUGGCGCUUUUUCAACUGUUUACAUUACAAAUUCAUCAUGUUUCAUUGGUUUCAUGUGUGUUUCUUUCUGAAGACAAAACAGAGGAUGCUCUCACCUUUUACAAAAUACUCUGAAAUCACUUGAUGAGAAGUAUGAAGUAUUGCCACAAUGGGGAACUUUUAAUCUAAUGUGUUAUAUUUCGGUACGCUUCUAGCUUGUAAAAAGAGGUCUGUUUACAAGACAUUGUAAACACUGUUUACUGCUAAUCCAAGAUACCUUUUUCACUAGGGAGCAGAUUACUGUGCAUCUUCACUUACAUGAUCUUAUUUUUGUAUUCACUCAAUAAAUGGAGCCCUGAAAGGGCAUAUCUUGUUGCA